CCCACGGAGCAAAGUUGAGUGUGAUGCUCCACAACAACACCAGUCAUCCAGGUUUUUUUGGUAACACCCGAGUCAGAGAAUCAAAAUGUCGCAAACCGGUAAACUGGAAAAAAACGUGAAGCCGGUGUGCAAGAAACUUGAAGAUGCUCUGGCAAUGGAGUUCUUCUUCACGGAGCUGAACACCACCGCCACAUGCCUCAUCUGCAGGCAGAAGGUCUUGUUUAAGGGGUUAAACAUGAAGAGGCAUUACAUAGCAAAGCACUCUGGAAAGUAUGAUAAAUACAAAGGAAGGAGCAGGAAGACCAUGUCCGAUGAGCUGCAUGCAGACUUCAACCGAUCCACAGGGACGCCAGCAAGAGACCCCGACCCUGACCCUAAAGAGACCCCCACAGCCAUGCCAAGUCUCAAGCUGAUAUCUGCGACCGACACACAGUAUUCAACAUCUGUGCUGAAGUCGAUGAACGAGCAGCGGAAUCAUGGAUUAUUUUGCGACGUCACCAUUAUCAUACAGGACAAGAAGUUCAGAGCUCACAAGACGAUCCUGUCUGCUUCCAGUACAUAUUUCCACCAGCUCUUCAGUGUAGCGGGACAAGUGAUCGAGUUAAACUUCAUUAAAGCGGAAAUCUUCGAGGAGAUUCUCAACUACAUUUACAGCUCCAAGAUUAUCCGUGUGCGCUCCGACAUGCUUGAGGAGCUCAUCAAUGCUGGACAGAUACUGGGAGUCAGGUUCAUUGCAAACUUGGGGUCACCGCUAUCACAAGUUAAGGGUCUUCCUGGUUUGUCUAAGGAGACCGAGAGCAAAAGUGACACACCCACAGAGAUGAUGCCCAUCAUCGCCGAGUCUUUUUCUAUAUCUGCAGAGGAAUUCAAUCAGACAAGCAAGCCGUCGGGCAACGACUCGGACUCUGAAGGUGAUGUUAUGUUUGUCUCACAAACAGACGCUCAAACCAGAGCAGCUAAUCAGAAAGCCGUCCCUGCUGAGGUAAUUGAUGUGGACACAGCUGAUGCAGGAAAGGCAGCAUCAAAGCAAAACGCAGAAUCUAGUCUCACAGUUACAAAUCCGAAAGAGAAAGCAACGACCUCUUUAAAAACAAGUCCUGCAAAGCCUCCCAGCAUCAGUGUUCCAAUCCCCAGUAUCCCCAACAGCAGCCCUCUGCGAAGUCCCGACAGCAGCUCCAAUAACUCGUCUUCCCCUGCCAGAGUUUCCUCAGGAAGUGCCCCAACAACGCCAGCCAGGUCAAGCAAUGUCACCCCCGAACCCUCGAGUGCCUCUCAGUCCUCUGAAACCAGCGAUAUAAUGGGGGUCCACAAGAAGCAAGUCUCUGCCUCAUCCCAGCAAGGGGAUUUCAAAUUAAAGCUCUUAGAUUUGUCUGAUGGCCAAGUAAAAGAAACUAACAGUCCCAAAUCAGUCAUAGCGGCAAAAAAGACAGUGACACUCAAUACAACCACAGAGAUUGACUCAAUUUCAUCAGGCUGUAAAGUUUAUGCAAAUAUUGGAGAGAACACGUACGACAUUGUCCCGGUGAAGGAAGAUCCAGGCGAAGGUGGCUCUAAAGCCAACAAAGGGAAGAGGUCAUUGAUGGCCACGCCUCUGAAACCUCUUGAUAAAACACCCACCUCACCGAAGGGAGGCCCAAACAAGAAGAAGACCAAAACGGAGCUCGAGGACCACUAUGAGCUCAUCAUGGACGGGAAGACCUUCUACGUAUGCAUCGUCUGCAAGCGCCCCUACGUUUGUCUGACGAGUCUCCGUCGUCACUUCAACACCCACUCGUGGGAAAAGAAGUAUCCAUGUCGCUACUGUAACAAGGUCUUUGCACUGGCCGAGUACAGAACUAAGCAUGAAAUCCAUCACACAGGAGAGAGGCGGUACCAGUGCUUGGUGUGCAACGAAACCUUCAUGAACUACCAGUUACUGUCGACCCACUGCAAGCAAGUCCACAACCAGGACCCCAGUGGGAGGAAGGAGAAAGAUGAGACGGACAACAACUUAUACCGACUGCUGCCGUGUAAAACGGUGCAGAUGAAGCCGUACUCGUGGAGCACCGACGGGCAGGGGGUCCCCGUCAUAUCGGAGGAUGGCAGCGUGCAUCACAUAACAUCUGUCGGCGAAGACGUCCACUCCUCCACUCAGAGCAGGAUGUUGAACUGGGACGACAUCUUUAUCGAGCCAGACGCUCAUAUGACGCCCGAUUCUCGUGCAAGACCAGGGCCAACCAUAAACAGUCCUCCACAGGGAGCCACAGAGUUUGACUUUGUUAUACCAGAGACCUACUGAGCAGCACUCACUGCUCUAUUAUCUGUGCCUUUUAGGUGCCCCCCAACCCCCAUUUCCUCAUUGUUUCCAUGUCAACAAUAUUCUUGUGUGAUUCUCAUUAGUGUCAGCCUAAUGUACGGUCACAUUAGCAUUUCCUUUCAUUGACAUUGAUGCGGUGUAAUAUUGUGAUGAUGCACACUAGAAUAAUGUCGGCGUCUGCCAGAGCAAGCUGAAUUCUUAGUCGUGCUGUCUUGAGUUGAAUGGAAAAGGGAGACGGAGCAAAUAGUUGCAGGAAGAAAGUGUAACGUGAUCAUACCUUUUACUCGUGUUACUCUGCUUGCAUAAUAGCCCUGAUCUUUUGUAUCAUUGGAAUAAAUGAUAGUCACAUUGACAAAAACUGGUUACCACGCAGUAAUAUAACGCAAACAAUUAGUUUAUGUGGAUGAUUUAAAAAAUCCAUUUAAAAGGACUCUGACAUAAAAAGUUAAAUCAUAUAUGUUUAAUUUUUCACUGUAAGAGGCAAGUUAUAUCUUUAAAAACUUAAACUUUACCUUUGUCAUCUUAUACACAGGUAAAAACAUGAAUUAGUCCUCUAUUCAACCAUCCUAAGCAUUAAGGAGUAACUCCAUUUCUUAAAGUGUGAAUGGGGUUUGCCUUUUUAAGAAUGUGAAACAUCAGCAGAUUUAGUUGGUAACCAGGGGACCUUUUUUUCCACAGGAUACAUUUUAAUGCAUUUUGUGGUUUAAACAGAUUUGUAUAAAAUACAGGAUAUGACCCGUGAUAAAAAUGGAACAAGGUUGCUCAAAUCGUUACCAGAUUCAUCAAUCAUUUGACAGAUGAAUUUAAUUUAACACCAGGCGUUUAUGAGCUGAUCAUCGCUUGUUUCAAUUUGAGACUAUUUUAAACCUCAUUCUGAACGAGAGAAUGUUAAAAUAUAUUUUUCAUUGUGUGAUUGUUGGCAAUUCCACAUGUGGACAUCUUGGAAUGGAAGCUAUACAACAGUUAUUUAAUUUUUCAGUGGUUGGAAAACAAAUUAUAACUUACUUUUUUUUGUCGAUUAAACAUCGGUUUUAUUUCCAUACACUUGUACAUUUUUAUUUCCUAUGCUUGACAUUUUUCCUUUAUUUUUAAUAUAUUUCAAUGCCAGAAUCCGACAUAGCGUAGGCUAGAGACUAGCAUAAAUGUGAUGAUAGGAUUGACAUGCAUUGAGGAUUAUUUCAGUCCGUAUAUGAAGCACUUAGUGUUGGAUCAGGCAGAAGAUUUUCCUGUAAUAUUUUUACUUUUGUACUCGUUUCUCCAUUGUAUCAAAAUGUAGUGAUUGGUCAGUAUGAGUAAAAGAAAAUAGUGCUAACAUGGAAAUCGAUUCUACUUUGUAUCAUUCAAUAAAAUCAUGCAAGAUUUGUUUUUAAUUAACCGAUUAACAUUGGUGUGUGAUGUUACAGUAUAUUUGUUUUAAUCCCACUUUUUUUCUUUUUUUUCACUGUUUCAGAUGUAUUUAUUAGGUUCAUAGCAGUUUACUAAAUGAAAUUGUUAUUAAAUACUCUGUUCUGUUGGUAUUUAACUAAAUCUCACUUUUCUGUUAAUUAGCAACAAGGGUUCCCUGAUGGUAAAUAAAUUAUUCUUUUACUUAAUUGUCUUGCACUACCAGCAUUU